AUGAGCGAGAAAGAGAUCUACGAGAAGGUCCAGGAGCGCUAUGGCUCAGCUGCAAAAUGCAAGGAUGAUAACCAUGGGGACAAAAUUGCGAAAGUAUUUGGUUACAGCGAGGAAGAACUCAAGAGUAUCCCUCGACAUGCUAAUCUCGGUUUGAGCUGUGGAAAUCCGUUAGCAUUGGCGAAGCUUAAAGAGGUUGUCCUCAAGAUUCUCUACCUUCUGCUCUGUUCAAGACAUUAUCUAACCGUGACGCAGGGGGAGACUGUGAUCGAUCUCGGCAGCGGCGCAGGGUUUGAUGUAUUGCUUGCGGCCAAAAAAGUCGGCUCGAGUGGGAAAGUCAUCGGCGUCGAUUUCAAUAAGGAUAUGGUUAAGCGCGCAAACCAGAACAAGGAGAAAGUCGAGACGAAUAAUGUUUCCUUCAUCGAAUCCUUCAUCACUGACAUACCUCUCCCUGACACGACAGUUGACUGCGUCAUCAGUAACUGUGUGAUAAAUCUGGUGCCCGAAUCAGACAAGCAAAAUGUAUUCAAUGAGAUAUACCGCUUGCUUAGGCCUGGUGGUCGUGUCGCAAUAAGCGAUAUCCUUGCUAAACACGAGCUUCCGGAGCAUGUCAAAAGUAACAUGGCAUUAUAUGUUGGAUGCAUAGCAGGCGCAAGUCGGGUGGAGGAUUACAAAAAGUAUCUUCGGGAAGCAGGAUUCGCCGGUAAGGAUCAGAAACUCCAACAUGCAACUCCCCUGUCCUAUAACAAAUGUUCUGAUUUUGGGCUGUAUUGGCCAGAUAUCUUGCUACACGACUCCGGGACCGACCUCAACAUCUACAACACAGCCAAAGGAGAUAUAAAAAACUGCAAAUGCUGUGGCGAGGGUGUAGAGAAUGCCUGCUGUGAGAAAACUGCAACCUGUUGCAGUGGUUUGAACCCUGCCUCAGGGAGGUCCUUCAAUCCGAUCAGCUCCGACCUCGAAAACGUUGAUUUCAAUGAGUUAGCAGGCGCGUUCAAAAUCUAUGCGAUCAAAGCUUGA